CUUCCCUAUUUUCGUCUCAUUCUUUGGUCAUGGUCAUUGUCUUUCGCGAAAAUGUUGUUUUUUCUACUAAAAGGCUAAUUUUCCUAGUUUGUUGUUAUAAAUAGUGCUGCCUUCUGAAGGUAUUCUGAACUACUCAUCUGAAAUGAUCCAAACAUGAAGUUCAUUGCUUUCUUGUAUAAUUCAAUGAUACAUAAUUCAAUAUUGUUAAAAAAGUUAAGAUUCUGAUGAUUCAUAAUUAUUCAGAGUGACUAUGAUUUUUAUCUUUUAUUGCCAAAGGAAAUCUUUAAAAAUUCAUUUGUGAGAUUAAAUCAAGUCAUUUGCAGAAACUUUUAUUUAUAAAGGUCACACAUCAAAUAUGUGUGAUUCAAAAAAAGAUGUUGAAAAAGAAAGUGAAUCAAAUUUUACUAGUACAUCACCUUUGAUAAUACGGUUAUGCAAUAAAAUGUCAAAUACUAGUCCUGUUGACUCUAGUGUAGAUAUCAGAAUCAAAGAAACUUCAAAAUUCAAAAAACUGGUGGCAGAUGAUCAUAGUAUUAAGAGUGAAGCAGAACUGAAUGCUAAAACUUUAAAAAUUGACAAUACAAAUGAAAACCAACCAGUAUCUAAUGAAUUCUUUCAUCCUAUUAAGAAUUUGAAAGAUGACAAUUUAUCAGUGCUUGAAAAAUCAAAUAUCGUAAAUGAAGUUAAAGUAAUUGAUUGUACUGAUGUGACUAAAUCCAAUGAGUCAAGUAUUUCAAAUAAGCUGGAAGGUCGAGCUCCCAAACAGAAAAGAAGAAAAGUUGUGCAAAAUUUUCUGGAAAAAUCAAGCGAACUACCUCUUGUCAUGCAAUCGUCCAAUUUGCAUUCUGAUUCUGGGUUGGACUUUGGGCAUGAUAGAGGUGGCACUUCUACAACUAAUAGCAGCAAGGAAGUGGAGCAGCAUUUUAUUCACGAUGAUAAUGUCCCCAAAUUGUUUAAUUUAAAACAGACUCUUGAGAAGGAGAAAGCUGACAUAACAGCAAAAUUCAAAUGUCCAGAAAAGGUUUUGAAAGCAGAAGCUUUAAAAUACAGCCACAAAAGAAUGCAGAAAAAUGAAAAUUCUAAUAACACUGAUGCAAAAAAAAUUAAAAAUUAUGAAACUGAUAUUACUUUAUCUACAUUAUCUUGCAAUAAAGAGCUUCAUGGGAUUACAGAUCAAGAUAAAAAAACAACUAUUGCUCCAGAAAUCCAUCUUGCCUUUGCAACCAAGAAAGAUAAAUCACUUCACAAAGUAGAUAAUACUUCAACUAGUCAGUCAUCAUCUUCCCAUUCAUUGGUACUAAAUGCAGCUAAUAAAACUAACCUUCCUAAAGCAGCUGAAUUAAAUGAAGUUUGUCCACGAAAAAGAAAAAAUUCUCGAAAUGAAAGUAGUCAAUCAGGAGAUAUUUUUUCUUGUCCUUUUAAACAAUUUAGGAAAGAAAAACUUGAAAUAAGUAAUAUGUCUUGUCAAUCUGCUAAUGAGACAUCAUUGUCUUUUGAUGAUGGAAUAGAUAUUGAUAAUGAUACUGUUGGUUAUUUAGAAAUAUCUGAAUUAGAAAAGAUAAGAGAAUCUCUAAAGAAGCAACUUUCACAAAAUGAUUCCUCGGAAUCGCCUACCUAUUCGGAAAAAUUAUGUGAGGAAAAGAUUAAAAAAGAUUCAAUGAGUGAUGAAUCUAAUGAACAAUCCAUUAAUGAUAAAAGCAGUAGUAAUUACAAAUCAAAUAAUAUAAAUAAAAUUGAUGAAAAUUAUUUUGAGCAAAAACAAUGUCUUGUACCAAAAAUUAAUGAUCAACAUACAGUUGUUACUUCAGAAAAAAACUCACUGCCACUCUGCUGUUAUACAGAAAAAAAUAAAACAGAAAUAAUUAAUGAGUUUACAUCUGUGGCUGAUACACCACCACUGGUCAUGCAAUCGUCCAAUCUGCUUUUGAAUGAUGGGUUGGACAAUAAGCAUGGUGGAGGUGGUAAAGAAACAUCUGUCUUAAAGCUGGAUGUAAAGCAAGAGCCUUGUUUAGAUAGUAAUGAUUCAAAAGAUAAAGAUAGCAUUAUUCACAAUGAUAGUAAAGCUACAGACAAAGAAACAUUCAUAAAUGGAAAAGCUGUAGAAUCUGAUGAUUCUGCUAGUAAUACAGCUGGUAAUUCUCAUAAUAAUGUACAGAAUCGUUUGAUGGAGUUUGAUAUUUUGGAUGAAUUUGAAAGUGAUGAUAAUGAUGGUGAUGAAGACAAUUCUGAUGAUUCAGAUAUAUCGACAGAUGAAAUUGAUGCUAUGCUUGAAGAGGGUUUGAUGCAAAGAAAACCCACAGAUGGCACUAGUAAGGAAAGUGAACAUGAAGAAAAAGAAAAAGUGAUUCUUAAAGUUAGGGGAAAAGAUCAUUUCGAUGUUUUACCAGAAGGCUGGAUUGAAGUUACACAUAACAGUGGGAUGCCAAUUUACUUGCAUAAGCAGAGCAGGGUUUGUUCUGUAUCUAAACCAUAUUUCUUAGGUCCUGGCAGCACACGGAAACAUGAAAUUCCUGUAUCUGCCAUACCAUGUCUUCAUUACUUAAGAGAACUAGAAAAAGAAAAGGCACAAGAAGAGAAGAAAGAAGAGACGCAAGCUGAUGAAAAAGAAGCCAAUGGAAAUAGUGUUUCUGAUACUUCUAAUGAGAAUUCCAGUGAAACUAAAAAUUCUUUGGCCUUAAAUGAGGAUGAAAACAAAGCAGCCAUUUCAGAAAAAGCUAACGCUAAUAAAGCUGCUAAUGGUAUUUUUCUUGCUGCUAAAUUAGAAACAGUUAAAGAUACAAAAGAAUCAGGCUCUCUUAAUUAUCUAGAUGUAAGAGAAUAUUGCAAAAAGAGAUUUGAAUUCCAGACUAUAACUGUAAAACGUUUCAGGACUUGGUCUGGAAGAAGGAGACAUCAAAAACAAAUAAAGCGUAAACAACGGCCAUUUUUGCCUGACAACACAAAAUUGAUAACUUGCCCGUUGCUUCCAUCUGAUAAAGCCUCUGCAACUGGUAAUAAUACAAAAAGAGAAUUCAUCAUGAACCCAAGCGGAAAAUCUCCAGUGUGUAUUUUGCAUGAAUAUGUACAGCAUACACUAAGAGUUCAACCAAAAUACAUCUUCAAAGAAUUAGAGAGUGCCAGUACACCCUAUGGAGCAAUUGUUCUUAUAGACAAUGUCGAAUAUGGUUAUGGAUUUGGCAGCAGUAAGAAACUGGCCAAAUCUGAUGCAGCAAAAGCAGCUUUGGAGAUUCUCAUUCCUAAGAUGAAAAUGUUUUCUCCAGAUAAAAAUGACAAUGAAGCUCAAAAUGUUGACUUUUUUGACCAAGUUCGUGUGGAAGAUCCUCGUGUAUGUGAGCUUUCUGUAAAAGCUGGUCAACCUUAUCCAUAUCAGAUAUUAUUGGAAUGCUUGAAACGAAACUAUGGCAUGGGCGAUACAGAAAUACAGUUCAUGAUGAAGAAUUUGAAACACCAAAAGAAUGAAUUCUACAUGAGAGUUGGAAAGCAUGAAAUAUCGGUUGUCUGCAAAAAUAAAAGAGAUGGUAAACACAGAGCUUCUCAAGCCAUUUUACAGAAGUUGCAUCCUCAUAUAAAUUCUUGGGGCUCUCUAUUGCGAAUGUAUGGAAAAGGAUCUCACAAAACUAUGAAAGAAAAGAAAGAGGAAGAACAGCGGAUAACUGAACUGCAAAGUCAAGCAUGUGUUAAUAAACCAAAUAUGUCUAUUUUAAAUAAACUGAAGGAAGAAAUGUUAAAAUACCGAGAGAAAGUUAAAUCAAUGAAACCCAUUGGAAAACUCAUUCCAGAGAGAAUGGAAUGCUUUUCUACCUCAAGCUCAAAUCUGAAAAAUGUUGAACUGUGAUUAUCUCUUUUCAUUUUACAAAUGACCAAGAGUAAUUUACUGCAUUUAGUCAGUUUGGAGCUUUAUUUUUCUUUUACUUAAUAGCUAAUAUCGAUGAAGAAUGCCUUUUUUUUUUUUCUUUUCUUUUUUUGAUAUUGUCAAUGCCAAAUUUAUUUUCUUUUUCCGCCAUUCAUCCUCUUAUUUUGUUGUUUAAUUUAUAAUACAGUGGGAGCUUUCUUAACUAACAUCGAUGAGAUCCCAUUAUUAUUGGAUAAAACAUUUCUGGAUAAUUGAAUAAAUUCUUGGAUAAUUUUUCCUUUAAGACGCUAUUUGUAGACAUCUACAGCAUCUGAUAUCUUUUUUGUAUGUUUUUCAAACUAUCAGCCUCAAUAAAUAAAUAAAUAAUUCAAUUAAAAAUCUUAUACUUUAUUUAAACUUAAAACACAUGCAUAAAAUAAAAGAGAACAAAGAUUUUUUUUUAAAAAAAUUGAAAAACUACAUAUAAAAUUUUAACACGUAGUAUCAUAUGAAAAUUAUGCAAUUCUUAAAAAUGUUAACAUAUAAAGGUGUACAUGUUAUAAGAUAUUGGCCAUAGUUUUAAAAGUCAAUUGUAUGUACAAUGAAAGUUCGUAAUAUCAUCUGAUAAUGUUGUGAAUAAUCUUCAGCAAAGUCUAUGACAGUUUACAAUCAUUUGUCUAACUUUUUUUUAAUCUUUGUGACUUCCCUAUUUUUUACCCUCAUCUUCUUUCCCAUAAUAUGUUCUAUUCCAUUGUCAUCAUCAAAACAUAUUUGACUGAAAAAGAAAAGAAAAAAAAAGGAAUUGUCUACAUGCACUAAAGAUAGAAUGAUUUAAAAAAGUAUUUAGAGCAUACACAUUCAUUUACACACAAUUCCUCCUCAUUAAUUCAUUGCAUAUAUAGGACAUCUACUUUUAUUAUGGGUCAAAAGUUUAUUUCUAAACCAUAGGAGAUAGACAUACAAUUCCAGUUGGUAAAAUGCAUUGAAUAACAGGAAGAAUUAUAAUUUAGGAUGUUUAAGUUAAUCAAUAUAUUGCUUUAAAGAAUUACAAAAUCUUUUAUAUAGUCCCCUGGUCCCAUCAACCAUAUUUAGUAAAAUAUUCUCAAAACUGUAACAUUUUAAAGAAAAAAAAUGAUAAUAAUUUUUCUAUUGAAUGUAUAAAUAAAAUAAAACAUUGUAACCAAUGAUAUUUUUUAAUUUUUUCCAAGGAUUUUACUUUUUCAAAUUAUUUCUUAUAAUAAAUUUAUUCAAUCCUUAUCUAUCUUAAACAACUGUAACUUGAUCAGUUUUAAUCAUGAAACAAUGGAACCAUGAUAAGAGAAGACACACACACACACACACACACACAUAUAUAUAUAUAUAUAUAGUCACUGUGGUGGAUUUAGAUAUUUUAUGGUCCAAAGUAUUACACCUUUGUUUAGUAAACUGGAAAUUUAUUUGUAUAUUUCUACAUUUUUUUCUUUAACUUAGCAUGUUAAUAAUUUAUUUUAGGCAAUUUUUUUUAUUUAUUUACUUUGUAUGUUUGCACUUUAAUAUUAAUGUUUUUAUUUUGCUAUACAUGAUUGCAACAUUACAAAACACAUCGUAAUUUUUUUUGAAUUUAUAAUGUCCUUCAUAUUAUAUAAAAUUUUUUCUUUUAAUAAUCGCUUCAUUAUCAUCUUUAACAUUCACUGCUUUUCAUAACACUAUGCAAUAUGUCAUGCUCCAUAGAAAUAUUUAGCAAUCAUAGUAUCUUCAUCAACAUGCAAAAAAUUAAACAGUUUAGCAAAAGGUAUCAGAUGCUGUUCUCACAGUUUUUAUUAGAACUUGCACUUGAAAAAUGAAAAAUCAAGCAAUGUUAACAAAAAAGGUAUGAAAAGCUUUAAUAUUUACAAGUUAUCUUUUAUAAUAUAAAGAGAAAUAACAUAAAAUUUGAAAUCAAGAUUUGAUUUCUUAGAAAUUUUCAUUAAAUGAGUUUAUUUAAUGAAGACUUCUGUAUAUAUCAUUGACAAAAAUUUCAGAUUAUCUUCAAAAAUGAUGUAGUUUGAUGUCGUCAAUUAUAUGAGUACUGAUUAUGAGAUAUUCAGCUGUAUAAUUUUAGCUGUAUUGAUUGAUAAAUUAAUAAUUUAUUUUCUGUUGUCUCCUUAUAUAUGAUGAGGUUUCAUUUCAAUUUAACACGUUUCUCAUGAUUUUGAACAAAAGAAAAUAUUUUAUUUACAGAAUCCUUUGAAUGAAAUAUCAAGAAUGUACAAAACCCUACCUCCUUUAAGGUGCUUAUUAUGUGUGUAUGUUGCCCAAACUUCCAUGUAAGAAUUUAUUUCCUCUUUUAUCAAUCAAAGCAGUCAUUUUAAUUUAUGUCAUUGAAUAACAUUCCAUAAGUUUGUACAUAAGUGUGAUGAUUGUAACUGUGUUAAGCUGUUUACCUUUCAUGUUACUUGUUCCUGAUUUUAAUUGAAAUUGCAUCCCCUUUCUAUAGUAAUGUGCCAUAACAAUCUGUUCUUAUAUGCUGCUAAAUUAGCAUUUAAUAUAAUCACAAACCAGAGCUUCAGAUUCAGUGCUUAAUUGUCUGUAACAGUGCUUAAUUGUCUUCACUAUAAGCUAUCUUUAAGAAAUGUGUCCAAGUCCUAUUUCAAUCUUCUAUGUACAUUUAAAAAAAAAUUAGGCAUUUUAUUCAAGUUUAUUAAAAUGUACGCCAUAAUUUUGACGAAUGUUUGUUUUUAAAUUGUCUUAUUUGUUGUAAAUGAUCAAGUUGUUGAUUUGGAAGACGAUUGUCAAUAAAGAUGUUUAAAUAAUUGUA